CUCUUCUCACCCAACACGUAGCAAAAGCGGCACUAGCACUGCCUUGCAACACAGAAUCACGGUGUUUUCGUGCUCCUUCACCGUCAAAAUGGACAAACCUCGGGAUAUACCAGCUUUAUUAUGGUGGUAUCCCGCGUCCCCAGUCUGCGCACAUGGAGUCUGGGGCGAAAAGCUCGAAAAGGUCCGAUGUUCUCCGCUCCCCGCCUUUCGAGAAUCUAGCGGCAAAGGCUGUGCAGCAUGCAUGAUGAUUCUGGAGGCCAUCGACGAAUUCUGCCCAGGCUGGACGUCGCACGCUAUUGAGAAUAAGAAGAUCUACCUCUACUACGGCUUCGGGAGCCUUCGCACCGAACAUUCCGAGAUGGGCAGUGAGCCAUUCGCUUUGUAUCUGAGCGCCUCAGCGGGCGGACGUCAAUCUUUGGAAUCUUUGGACCACAACAUGUCUUUUCAACUGGUUUACCAGACAGCAGACGAACACCUCUUCCGUCCCGGCUAUUGCGGCAGGGCCUAUGGUUAUGAUCAUGACCUGCUGCGAUCGAGUCUUCGAAUCGUAGAAGAUACGCGUUCGAAUGUGGCAUUCGACCGCAUAGCUAGAUGGCUCGCUCACUGCCUGGAGACGGACAAGUGCUGCGGAAUUCCGGAUUCCCAGUUCAAGCCUAAGAGGCUAAUAUACGUCGGACUACCCCCCGAGGAUCAGAACAACCUCCGCCUUGUCGAGUCGAAGGACCCGGCAGUCUAUGCUUGCCUAAGUUACUGUUGGGGCACCGACGUUGACGGUGUUCUAACGACCACCGAGGAGAAUCUCUCGACCCACAUGAAACACAUUGACGAAACAGCGCUGCCAAAGUCGGUCGCGGACGCGGUGAUCGUCUGCAGAAACAUUGGAAUCCCGCAUCUCUGGGUAGAUUCGCUCUGUAUCGUACAGGACAGCUCCGAAGAUUGGGCUCAGCAAUCAUCCGUCAUGGGCGAGAUAUACGCCAGGUCCCUCCUGACUAUCUACGCCAAAGCAGCAGACUCAUGCAAGUCCGGUUUCCUGGGACCGCAGCGGUAUGGCCGCCCAAGCUGGCAGCGGCCGUUGAAGACACAAGUUCCAGCAAGCCUGGGACGGGUGUCAAAAGAUAGAUGGCCAAAGAGCUGGGAGUUUCUUGAGCACGGCGAGAGCAGCAGACUGUUCAUUCGGAAGGGCACGCCGAAUUUCGAUAGAUCCAACUUUCCCCUCGACACCAGAGGCUGGGCCAUGCAGGAAAGCCUCUUGCCCAGCCGAAAGCUCAUCUUCACGGGCAACGAGAUGGUCUGGGAAUGCCUGGCCCGCACUACUUGCGAGUGCGGUCACCAAUGUGGCGCCAAGGUCCUCAACGGGGCACCGUCAGAUGGUAUCAAAUACGCCGUAGGUUUGAGCAGCCAGGAUCGAUGGGCAAACGGGCAAGAACAUAAAGUGAGCCAUUUAACCAUCGUGAGAGACUGGCAGAACAUGGUCAAAGAGUACUCUUUGCGACAGCUCACUAGAGCCGAGGACAAGCUCGCGGCCAUAUCCGGGCUUGCCACCAUGACACGCGACGCCAUCAGCGCGGUCACGGACGGAAAAAGGGACAGGUAUUACGCCGGCUUGUGGGGUAGCCGUCUAUCGCUUGAUCUUACGUGGUGGAUGCCGGAUGGUGGCACCAGACCGGCCAGGUACAGAGCGCCAACGUGGUCGUGGGCAUCAAUUGAUGGCCGCAUGGCCGGCCCCUUGAACGGUCCGCCAAACGACUCUAGCUACAUGACGCACAUCGCCAGAAAUGUCAAGAUCUGUGACGUCUGGUGCCAGCCCGAGGAUGAGCUGAACCCCACAGGACGACUCGCAGAUGGGUUUGUGAGGUUGAGAGGACCUGUCGUCCGAGGCCCUUUCAGAAUGAAGGGGCGGUCGCAUAAUCCUCCUCGGGAUCGUGAUAGGAACUGUCGCGUCUGGCUAGACUGCCGUGACGCUGGUAGUUCAGAGCUUGAGGAAGCAAUACUGAGCCGGUGUUAUAACAGGGAGGAGUUCGGGACUCGGUCCCUCAUGAUCUUGAGAUCAUGUACAGGUAGACUGGGUACCGCGCUUCUCCAAACCCUGACCAAGCUCAUGCGGCCGCUCACAAAACUCGUCAUCGGUCUCUGGAACAGAUUUUUUGAAGACCGAGACGCCGAAUACGCUUGCAUUCAGCUAGUUACAUGGAACCGCGACGGAGAGGGGAAGCGGUUCGCACGUUUCGCUAAGAAUCCGAGGAUAGGACACGCGAUACCCCCGGUGUCGUGCUUCCUGGUCCUGCAGAGGCAACAUGGGGAGGAUGAUGUCUACACAAGGGUCGGAAUGGGCUUCUGCACCGCAGUCAAGAGAUGUGGCGAUGCAUCCCGCAAGUCCGGAAGCGAGCCACCCGAGCGGAAGCCCCUGCUGUUCUCACACAGGGCACCAACCGAGUGGGAGUUCCCACUAUUCCGGAACUGCGAUCAAAGGUUGAUCAAGAUUGUUUGAGUUGUACCUCUGGAUUCAGCCCAGUGUAUCAAUCUGGAUUCCCGAUU